UAGGAUUGGCUAAAAUACCACUUUCAAAAGGGCGCUUGAUUGAAACUGAAAAGGUUUUGUCAGACGAAUAUUCAUAACAAAAUCAAGUGAAGAAAAUACCCUCGUUUCGGUAGCUUUUAAUACAUAAUUAUUUAUGGUUAAUACAUAAAAAAAAAAAGUUGAUUAUUUAAAGACUUAGAAAUGCCACGGAAACGUCCAACUCGAGUUAACAAUCGAGCACAACCAAAAUGCCCAGAAGGUGAUGAAGGAAAGUCACUCACAGAAGAUGAGCGUAUGGAAAAAUUAAGAAUUUUUACGAAAGAUUUUGAUAUGAGAUUUAAUGAAAUAUUGGAGAAAAUGGAGAAGGAUAAAACUAAUAUAAUGAAAACAAUUGAAUCCAGGCUUCACUGUCAAAUAAUGCAGUUACCAGGGUAUAUCAGAAAAAUGAAGUUGAAAGAUUUUAUUGCAUCUGGAGGAACUGUUAAAGGUGUCUUAGCUCCAUCACAAAUAACAGAACCAUCGUCGUUAAAUAUAUCAGGAAAACUAGCACAGACCAUAUCAAAACUGAAUCCCAACAUAUUUUGUGGUGUAAUACCAGAAGAAGAUGAAGCUGCUACGCCAUGUGCUGAGAAAAGAACAGUUAAGAGGACAGCCACUAAGAAGACCACCGUAAGGAAAUCAUCAAGAAAACGAAACACAAAAGGAAAUGAAUCAUACCUUGCUCCACCACCAUCAUCUAGUAGAUUACGAAUGACUCCAGCUGGCAGAACAAUGUCAUCAGCAGGCUGGGCCACACCACUUAUAACACCUAAAUUUGACCCAAGACUUCCAUUUACGCCUGGUCUUGUCCGUGAUCCUAAACCAGGUGAAAGAAUUCUUUCAAUGGCUGGUAGUCCUAUAAAUAACCCUACUGAUACCAAAAAAGGUCGAUCUACAAUUAAGGCUAUUGGUAAAUCUAAAUUACGGAAGUUGGUGUCCAACACAAAUAUAAAAGAAGAAUUAGACGACAUAGAAAUACCAGACAGCCCUACAGACAUAAAGAAUAUGAGACAAUCUCAGAUAUUUAAAGUGAUGAAUAUUGUACAAAAUGCUAUACGAAGUAAAUCAGAAGAAGAUGAUGAUGAUGACGAUGAAGUAUUUUAAUAAAUAAUUGAAUUAUGUACAGAUGUAUAUAUAAUAUAUUUUAUAAGUACUUAUGUCAUGAGUAGCCAUGAUGUUUUGUUACAGUGUAAUAAUACCCACAGUUUUUCUUUGGGAAUUGCACUGUUUUCAUUUUAGAGGGUUUUAUUUCUUUUACUUGUACAGUUCAUUUGCAUAAUCCUUCUCAAAUUAAUCCUCUGACUUUAUGUAAACAAAUUAUAUUAUUAUUUCUAUUACACUUUUACAGGUAAAAAUAUUUCACUUUGUUUAACUGUUCUUAAUAAACAGACAUCCAUAAUCAUUGUUCAAUCCUCAAUAGAGGCGAAUUUGAAUCCUGAAUUUUUUUCCAAUUCUGGUCAAAUUAGAUACAUUGCUGAACUCGAAGAUGAAAUAUACAAACAUAAAACCUAUAGCAUAAAAAAAAAAAAAUCUUUCAAACCCCUUAUUAGAAAUUGGUGAUUUAUUUAUUUAUUUUUUAUUUUUUUUUGUCUCUUUCUUUUUGUAAUGUUCAGUAUAUUAUCUAGAAUAUAUCUGUAAUUGCCUGAUUGUACUCGCUAUGGGUAACCAAACCGGGACACCAUGAGUAUGACAUACUGUUACUCUUAUUUCGAUUUCUAACUAGCGUGGUUUCGAUUCCCCAGUUGUACAUGACAAGGACUAGGGUUGCCUGUCCAACCUUGUGGGUUUUCUCCGGGUGCUCCGGUUUCCUCCCACCCCUACGUGCAAGCGAAUUAUUGAAAUAAAUUCAACCAUGUGUUAGUCCCGAAAUGACCUAGUUUGUGUUGAGUGGGAGUUAAACCCCAUUUCUCUCUCUCUCUCUCUAUUUCGAUUUCCAAAUAUCUAGAAUGUUUAAGAUGCUGCUAAUUGUUACAUGGACCUCAUGAUCAGUUUCCAGUUCCAUCAGAACAACUAGAUGCUUCUUUGUACCCAGGCCAUCCAUCCUGUAUCACUCACUGACAUGGGGAAACCAGGCUGAAAAUCCUCUGGAACAUUGUUGGCUAACACAGGACUAGACUGAGACACAGUGGCUCCAAUAAUGGUAAAGAUCCUUUUUAACAUAUCGUACAUCUUUAAGAGUGAGAGUAUAAGCAGAAUUACAUUCUUUUAUUUUAUAUGUAAUUCAACUGAUAGAAUAUUCUUAUAACUAUCACCAUUAACAGAAACAUUCAAUUUUAUUCAUUAAUUAAUUGUGUGCUUUUUAUUAUGAAUUUUAGCACAUGGACAAAAGAGAGGGUUUGAUAGAAACAAAUCAGUCAAAUUUUAAUUCCAAUUCCUGAUGCUGCACUUUAUGAUAUAAUGUAUUAUCCUGAACUUAUAUAAAAAAAAAAAAAAUACCAAAGCUUGAACACAAUACAUCUUGAAUGUAAAAUAAAG